UUCUCACAAUCUUCACAACACAAAACACCCCAAACUUCCCUCUCCUCUUUUAAUACUUUUAUUAAGAGUUUUGUCUAAAUAUGGCACCGACGGUUAAACCCAACGGCGGAGACGGCGGAAACAAAGAGAACCGUUACAGAGGAGUGAGAAGGAGGCCAUGGGGUCGUUACGCCGCCGAGAUCAGAGACCCGACCAAGAAAACCCGAGUCUGGCUCGGCACUUUCGACACUCCCGAAGCAGCGGCUCGUGCCUACGACAAAGCCGCUUUUCAGUUCCGUGGCGCUAAAGCCAAAACCAACUUCCCUCUUCCUUUCUUCGUCGGCGGCGACAACGAGAGCCCUAGCCAGAGCAGCACCGUCGAGUCACCAACCUCGACGACGAUACCUGAUCUCAACCUCGGAUGUUUCUCCUCUGCUGAUUCGAGAUUCCCUUUCCCCAAGAUUCAGGUCAAGUCUGGGGUGAUCGUGUUCGAUGAAGAGUCGGCGAGGAGUGAGUCGGACUCGUCCUCUGUGGUGAUGGAUCUAAGCUCAGAGAGACGUCCACGCGUGUUCUUGGAUUUGGAUCUUAAUCUCCCUCCCAAGCCUGAGAACUAGUUCUUGAAUUUAACUAUUAUGGAUCCAAGUAUUAGAUAAACUUUAGAUGAAGCUUCUUUAUUAAGUUGAUGCCAUUUUUUUUGGUCAGCAGAAAGUUAAAAAUAAUUUUGUGUUGAGAACGUUUUGUUCUCAGCACCUGUUUGUUUAUCUUUUUUUUUUUUCCAUCUAAAAUUUUAUUAAACA